GCAGGCGCUGCACAGGAGCAGCAAGAUGGCUCUGAGCUCUUGGUCUCCGGAACUGGGGUUCAGCAAGAAGGUGCUGCAGGCGGCCGCGGUCUCUACCGGCCCCUCGCUGGAGUUAUGCACCUUCCCCUCCACCCUGGGCUCUUCGGUCGCGGCCGCAGCAUUGGAGCAGCUCUUUGUUGUGGAACAAUCACUGCAAAGUGACUAUUUUAAAUGCAACGAAGAAGCUAGGAACUUUCUUAAGGAUAUUGCUAUAGCUGUCAAGAAAUUGGAAGAAAUAAGAAAAGCCACAAUUGAUCUUCUGGAAAUUGAAAGCAUGAAAUUCAGCAGACUGUAUUUUCUAUUAGAAACUCUUCCCAGUGACAUUAGCACAGAAUUAGAAGAAUGUAUCAGAGACGCUCGGAGAUUAAAUAUUUUAGAGAUAAAUCAAUUACGAAUGAAUAUUACGAGGAUGAAUAGUGAAAUAGAGUUUCUGAAGAAGCAAAUACUUGACCUGAAAGAAAUUAAUAAAACUCUGGGUGAAAAGCAAGAGGAGCUGGUGAAGCAGCAUGAAGAGGUUGUCCUGUCACUCAACCACAUAAUGGGGCAAAAAGCUACCACCACUGUUUACAUCAAUGAGAAAUAUACCGAAAUCAACUUGAAGACAGAAGAAAUAAAAUUGCAAAAACAAUGUAUUCAAGAUUUACUGGAGCAAAUAGAAAAAGAAAGAGCAGAAUAUUUGAAAAGAAAAAAAAUGUUGAGUGAAGAAAUUAGUGAGUAUAAAAAAGUCUGUGAACUUAAGAGAAAGGACACUUACCAAAAGAAGAAAGAAUUGGAUAAAUUAAAUUACAAAGCUACAAAAAUUAAAGAAACGGCUGCUACCAGUGCAGUGGUUCUUAGUGAUCACAAUUUAGAGAUAUCACAACUACAAGAAUCAAUAAAACAUUGGGAACAGCAAGUCGAAGAACUGAAGAAGUCCUGUAAUACCCUGGAGGAUAAAAUACAGUUUUUUAAGAAGAACAAGGAAACAAUGGAUAGUUUAGCUGAUACUGAAAAGGAUGAAUUAUUGCAGAAGAUAAAGGAGAUGGUUGAAAAAUUACGCAAAUGUCGUUUAGAGAACAAAGAUCUACAGGAGAAAUUGCAUACUCUCAUCAGACAAUAUAAGAUUUUCUUACAGGAGGAGGAUAAAGCUUUUGUGCAGAAAACAAAGAUUCAUGAUGAAAGUCAGAAACAACUGAUAUUUAUUGCUCAGAAAGAAGGCUUCCUAUCACAAAGAAAAGUAGACAUAAAAAAUAUGGAAGAAGGACUUGUCACACUUGGUGACCUUCACCGAUCAACAAUGAGUAUCUAUCAGAAACAAAUAAGAAUCCUGAAUGAUAAUCUGGAAAGAGAAAAACAGAGAUGUAUUAUAAAUCAGUGGAGAUUAGGUUGUUUGCGAAAAAAAUAUGCACGAUGGAUAGACAGCUUACAAGCUGAAUUACAAGAAAUAAUGGAUAAAAUUCAGGUCGCAGAAUUGAGACGCAGUCAAUUAUUACAAGAGACCAGUUCUAGAGAAAAAGAGGUCAAUGAAUAUUUGGCAGAGAUUGAACAAAUUAUAGCAGAAUUAAAACAAGAGGAGGAGAAAUUUAUCGUCAAAGAAAAAAAGUUAACUCAAGAAUUGAAGAAGUAUGAGCAAAGAUUUGUUAAGAAAAUGGAAAGUACCAAAGGACAGGAAGAGGAACUAGACAAGUGUCGUCCACAACUUCAGGUGGCAGAAGAAGUGUAUAAUAGCAAAACCAGAGAGUUUGAAGAGCUCAGUAAUGUUCUCACAGCACAACAGCAGGAUCAGGAAUUAUUGAACAAUCUCAUUUUUCAAAUGACAAGAGACUUUUCAAGAUACUUUAACAAUGUGGAUAAAAUGAAGCAAGAAUUAAAACAAUUAAGAGAUCAAGAAAGCUGUAAAAUGAAAAGUCAUUUUGAAAUUCUAAAGAACUUAGAAAAUGAAAUCUAUGUACAUGACCUACAAACAGAAGCUUUGCUCCUGGAAAAUAAAAGAUUAAAAGAAGGUAUUGCAUACAUGAAGAACAGGACAGAGCAAUACACACAGGGAGAGGAAGCCCUCAGGCACGUCUCAAGUGAUCUGUCUUGGCAUCUGAUAGCUCAUCAGACACAAUUUUUGAAUUUGUGGGCUAAAUUUCGGACCACCAUAAAGGAAUUGGCAUGCGAUGGUGAAGAGACCUUGCAAGGAAUAAAAAAUCUAAUAGACAAGCUUGAUGAAAGAGAUAAAAAAAUUGAAUCUAUCAGUAUUUGGUUACAAGGGAACCUUACAGAGCUGCGUUUUCUGGUAGAGCAGGAAUCCGAUAAGGACCUUCCCAAAAAGAAGAACAAACGUAUAAAAAAAGUCCAUUUUCCAAUGGUUGGAUGUACCAUGAAAAAACACAUUAACAAAGAAAAACUAACCUAGCUUUAAGGAUACAACUGCUGUGAAUUCAAAAGGCAUAAACAAAACUACAGAAAAAGUGAGUGCUUUCAUAAUUUACAACUGUUAAUGGAAGUCUUAAAGUUUGAGAUUUAACAAACUCAUGCAACCCCCACCAACAGCAUUAUCAGAAAAUAACUUUCUAAACAAUACAAAUGGAUAAACAUGGUCAGAUUAUCAGGUUAGAUCUUAUUUUGCUUCCAUGGUUGCACCCAUAAGUCUCUUGAACUCUUCAGAGCAUAAAAAUCGACAAGCAGCAUACCUAUCAACAACCAACCACAGGAAAAAUGUUUACAUGCUGUAUAUAUUAUGUAUUUUGUUAACGCUAAGAAGCCACCAAUUGUAAGAUGCAGCCUAAUUCAAAGAUGUCACAAUG